AUGCGUUACCAAUCUGCUAUGGCGCUGGGCGCCCUCGCCGCCGGACAGGCUGCCGCCUCCAACCACGGCCAUGCCAACUUCCACAAGCGACACGAAGUCAAGGCUCGUGGCGCCGACGCCGUCAACUGGGACAACGUUGCCUUGGACCUCAGCGCCGUUGACUGGAGCAAGGUCGACUACGGCAACGGUGCCGCUUCCACUCCCGCCGCCUCUACCCCCGCUGCGGAGACUCCUGCCUCUUCCCAGCCCGAGGUCGUCGCUACUCCCGCGUCUUCCAGCGCCGCUGUUGAGGCUCCUUCGUCCACCGAGGCCGCUGCCCCUGCCGGGGCCUCUGUGUCCUCCGAAUCUGUUGGAGACAUCGUCGGCGACAUCCUCAGCGGCAUCGAGAGCUUCGCCACCAAGCUCGGAGCCCAGCUCGGUGUCAACUCCGAGACUGAGAACGGACAGAUCUGGAUCGGCGGUGACGGCAAGCACUCCGCCACCUUCACCAACGGCGCGGACAAGGACGCCAUGGUCUGGUGCUGGGGCAAGUCCACCAUGUGGAUCAACGCCAACCAGCCCCUCAUCUCCAUCAAGCUCGCCGCUGGCGAAACCCAGAAGCUGUCGGUUGCUGAUGGCUUCUCCGGCGGAUGCGGUGCGUCCUUCGACGACUCUGACCUUUUCAUGGGUCUCCUGAACGAGUCCAUCCUCGAGUUCACCUUCGGCUCCGGCGCCAACGGCUGCUUCGACAUCUCCCGCGAGAUCAACAUGAAGGGCAUCCAGCUCACGGCCAAGGGCGCCAAGUGCACCAGCGGUCUCGAUGGAGGCUCCCAGGCCUGCACCUUCGUCUGCACUGACUCCAGCGCCACUCGCUGCGGUGCGGGCGGUGGUGACUACGCCAUCGAUGUCGGUACCUCGACCAACGGACCCUGCAUGGUCGGCAAGGACCCCUUCACUGGUGACGCCGCCGGUGGAUGCCAGAUGGCCGAUGACGGCGAGCACCUCGAGGUCACCAUCCACGGCGCCCGAUGGUAA